UAUUGUAAAAUCGAAACUUGUGUGUUAUUUCAGUGCAAACAUCGAAGAGAGCAGCACGCGGUUUUUAUUUGCGGUAACUUAUUCGUGAUUUUCCAAUAAAAUUGUUGGCAAAAUUGUAUUUAAUUAUUAGCUCAAGUAAAAUUAAAGAAAAUAUUGCAAUAUUACUUUAUUAUUAACAAUGUAAUAUUGUAAUUUUUUCUUUGUGCACAAUUGUUUCUUCUUCAACCCCCAUUUUUAAACUCACAAAAAAGCACGCGCUUUUCCUUUAGCGUUCAUCUUCUUCGUUUGGCGUCUGCAUUAACCAGCUUUAAAACUAAUUGUGAGGAAACAAAGCAAUAUUCUACUUUUUCGGCAUUUUACCAGAGCGUUUAUUAACAAGGUUUCUACAUACAUAAUCUACAUCACCAAGACCAGACAUAAUUACAAAUUCCAAGAUAAUUACAAAAUUUUAGCAAUCACCGGCUAUACAACUAAAAAACUAAACUACCAGCGACUACAAUUAUCGGCUAGACAUCUGACAACCUACCAGCUACUACAAUCAUCAGCCAGACCAAACUAAAUUAUAUUUAAGCAGAUAAAAACACUUAUAAGCAAAAUUUCUUGCUGUACUCAAACACCUAGCAAAAUUGAUAAAAAAAUGGAAGAAUCAGAACCACUUUCACCGUCACCUCUGGAGAAAAAUAAGAUAAGUGAAUUAAAAGAAACAGAAACACCGGUCAACAUUAUCCCAUCUAGUCAAGUACUUCUAUCGACUACAAAUUAUGUUUUGGUUCGAGAUGACGGUAAAUUAUUACAAAAGGAUUUGUCAUCGCCGAAUGACAACUCAAUAAGUAUUCAAGAGCAAUCAGAUGAUCAAUCAACGGUAGGUGGGGAAAAUAUUUCAUUCUCAGAAUUGAUAAGUUCUUAUUGCUCCAAUGAUGAUGACAAUGAGGUGGAAGCUCUCAUAACUCUUUUGAAUGAAUGGAAAAUUCCAAAAUUUGUUCACCAAUUUUUUAUUGAUGAAAAUCUUUUUGUACCGGUGUUGAAAGUGGCAAACGAAUUUUUCAUGGAGAGGUUUUUACAAACUUUAAAUAUAACAACCGCAAGUAGGAUUGUUUUCUUUGAUAAGUGGUAUCAAUGGAAAACCGAACGGUAUACAUCUUUAUCUAAUACUCCGUCUUUCGAUGAGCGAAAUGUUUCUACACCAACGACUAGUGUAGCGUCACCUUCAUCUACCACCGCAUUAGUGAGCAAAAGUUUGAUAGACAUUUUAAACUGUAAAGAUGGACAAACAAUUAAAGAUUAUUAUGAAGAAAAUAAAAACAUCGACAAUAAAUCUGUUCGUAAGUUGCUCACCGAUACAAUUUUGUGUUACGCCAGAACAAACAAUGUACAUUUCUCGUCGAACGAUUUAAUAAAGCUCUCAGAAGAAAUACAGUUGGUGUUUAAUGAGGAUCCAUUGGAUUACUACUGCACAAAAAAAGGCAUGAAAAAUCCUAAAGGUAAACUUGCAAACAAGUUUCAUAAUUAUCGAGGAAAAAGUCGUUCAAUGAAUCGCUUGUUUACGGAACACAAUAAUAAAAAGAAGAAACUCGAUGAUUUGCCAGUGGAACAAAAUACUUUUGAACAAGAAAAGCUGCUUCUAAAAAUGAAGCACGAUCAUCAUACAAUGAACGCUCAAGAAAAAAGUGAUGCAUGGGCAAAAACUUUUAAUAUUCGCCAAUUAGAUCUCCAAAAGGCUAACAAUAAGGCAAUUAAAUGGGAAAAAUUCUAUGAAAAAUGGCACUUCAUGAACUUUCCAAAUGGCUAUGAAUAUAUCGAAUCAGACUUUAACAGAAUGUUCGCAAAUAAAAACGAUGUUCUAGUGGGUACCAAAAUAGCCAAUUUUUGUAAUUUAAUGCUGCAAUAUGCGUUCCCAAAAUUAUUAACCAACAUCGAGUUAAAAACCAUGCUGUACGAUUUCAAUCAACAAUGUCAAGCAGAUGUGUGCGAAGUAUCUCAGAAUACUAUGAUUGUGAUGGUAUUCAUGCACUUGCACUAUCUACUGCCACCAACCGCACGUGAUAACAAUAAACGCUACACCGUAAAAGAUAGCCAAGAAGCAUCGAUAAGAUUGUUUGCGCUCCCUCAAGACUACAAGGAGUAUCAAAAUGCUAUAGCUGCAAACAGUUCAAAUUCCCAGCCACCGUUAAUAUCAAUUAUUGGUUCAUUGACAAAAAUCGAAGAAAUCCACGUAGAUUUCGAUAACAUGCAUUUCAAGAUGUUAACUAUGGAACGUGCUAUUGAUAUUUGCCUGAAAACAUUCUUCACCUUUAACAUGGCGUAUCCGAAGCAAUGUGAAAACUUUUGGCAAUUCAUAGAUAUUUAUUUCUACCAAAUCGAAAAAUCAGCCACAAACGCCAAAGCUCGCAACCUUUUGCGAUUCCUCAACUCAAAUGAAUGUCCUAAUACGUAA